UUGAUCUCGUAGUACUUGGUUUAACCUGAUCUAGAUGUGUUUUUACCAGACAAUGCUAAUGCUAGAAGCUAUAGGGGCAAAAUCGAAAUUUUGUGUACCAGACAAUUUUGGGAGGAAAUCUUUUUCGACAAGUAAUAGUCCUAUGUUUAUGGUUUCACAAACAGACGAAAAGGCACUUCAGUCACGUGGCACUGGGAACAGAGAUCCCCGUCUUUUUCAGACGGAGGAAAUGUCCGACUACUUUCGAGAAGAGGAAGAAGAAGAAGAGGAGGAGGAUCAGAAGGAGAAUAUGGACAUUUCCCCGCUCUCUUUACCCAGACAACAGUUCGACAAAUUGACCAUUCAUUCGCCACCUUCCUCGGUACAGCAGAGGAAGCGCUCCAAGCCCCGCAUAAGUCGUUUUAGUCCGACCCAAUUUGUCAAAUUCCACAAUUUGACCCUUGAUUCUCCAAACCCGGAGCCGAGGCCGCCAUUGGAGGAAGCUAGCACAUACAGGUUCAGAACUCUCAAGAGGAAAAGACACUCGGGUCCGAGCCUUAACACCAAGCGAGAACUUUCAGGUCAUCCGCAGAGGCAUGGAAGCUGCAAACGGAGUAGAACCAACCGGUCCAUGUCCUGGCAUUUUGGCUAUCCUGAAGAGUCUCCUGUCAGAAACCAAGUUAAAGAGAUUCCAGAAAUUCUAGAAGCGGAUGAAUCUCCCUUCUUUAUGAAGUCCAUGAUACGAUCAAAUAUAUCUGUUUGUUUUAUGUUGACACUGCCAAAGAGAUUCUGCAGCUUGCAUUUACCUUUGUAUGGCACAGCAACUAUAACGUUGGAAGAUAAAGACGGGGAUGAAUUUGAAACAAAUUUUCUUGCGGACAAAAGAGCGCUUAGUGGUGGAUGGAAAGGAUUUUGUCAGGCAAAAGACUUGCGUCUUGAUGAUGUUCUAGUUUUUCAUUUGGUCAGCCCUUUGAAGUUCAAGGUGCAUAAAUUGAGACCAGAGUAUGAUCUAAGUGAAGAAGAUGUAGAUGCAGCUUUUUUCCUCUUGAAAAUGAGUGCUUCUGGACAAAUCUUGUUUGAGGAAAAACCCCCUCUGACUCCUCCAAGAGAUGUUUUCCACGGCAAUAUUGGAGAGAAAACUCUAAUACCAGAUUUAAAUGUUCAGCUUGUAGAUGAUGAAGAGUCAGAGGAUCACAGAGAUAAAGAAUUUGGCUCCAAUUCUACAGGGCGGUGGAUAAAAUCCGGCCAGAAGAAGCUUAUUUUUGAAGAUGGUAGAAAGUGCUGAGACUUUCACCAGGAUGUGAAUCAUGAGAAGGUAUAUAGGUUAUGGAGAUGACACAAAACUGAGAAACGGUAGACGUACAAAAACACACGACCCUAUGUGCUUGUGAGGAUCUUAAUUGAUUGUCAAGAUUAAUCCUCAAAUGUUGAUA